CUCGCUGCAGAUUUUGAUUGAGAAAGCAGAGGAAGAGAAAAAAAAAAAAAAAAACCAGUUUAGGGCUAAAUUUUCUUUUUGUCUGUUUGUUUCUCGGGAAAAUGGUGAGGGAAUCGCCGAGAAAAUGUUCGCAUUGCGGAUUAAACGGACAUAAUUCCCGAACGUGUAGUAAUUUUUUGAAGGGGAAUAAUAAUUAUAGUAAUAGUAGUUAUUAUUGCGUGAAGUUAUUUGGAGUUAAUUUAAUGGAAAACAGAGACGAAUCUAUGAGGAAGAGUCUCAGCAUGGGGAAUUUGAAUCUUCACUCAUGCAAUAAUGUUCUUGAUCUUAAUACCGCCGCCGCCGUGUACAACGUCGCCGAUGAUAAUUCCGCCUCCGCCGACAACGCUGGGUAUCUUUCCGAUGGGUUUAUUCAUAACAAGAGACGCAAAGCCGCUCACGAGAGGAAGAAAGGAAAGCCAUGGACCGAAGAGGAACAUAGAACGUUUUUGGCUGGUUUGAAGAAGCUCGGGAAAGGGGAUUGGAGAGGGAUUUCGAAGAACUUUGUAACCACAAGAACACCGACCCAAGUAGCUAGUCAUGCACAAAAGUACUUUUUGAGGAAGAUGCAUGCAAACGAAAAGAAGAAACGUAGAGCCAGUCUUUUUGACAUGCCUGAAAUCAAAAAUAAUGUUCCCCAAGAUUGCCAAGCUUCUGGAGAAACGUCACUGCCAAAGAACAACAGUUCUGAGAAUCAACAACAGGUCAAUAAUUUACCAGCACAACUUAUCAAUCGAUUCCCUCAUCUUUGUUUGGAUGCUCCUCAUUUUGUUCCUCCAGCAACUGGAUCGGCAGCCUCGGCUGCUGCAAAUUUGCAUGGGAUUCCUUAUGUGGUGGGAGUAUCCCCAAAUGUUCCAAUACUGCCAUUGGUGAAUAUUGGAAGAAGAGGAGGAGGAGGAGUUAUGGCAAUGCCAAAGAGCCCAAGGAGUCCCAACGCACCGAUGGCUGGCCAUCCAUCAGGCAUUCCUCCUUCGCCAAGAACCUCCCCAAGCAGGCCCAUAUUGCAGCAGUUGCAGCCGUCUGCCAUAGCAGUGGCAGCCUCUAAUUUCGAGGCAGAUGCCCUGGAGCUCAAGAUUGGGCUGCCUCAGUCUCCACAGACACAAAACUUGUCAUCUCAAACUUCUGGAGCAAUUAGAGUUAUAUGAGAAGAGUAAUAAUAACAAUACAUAUAAGGAUUUUUUUUUUUUUUAAAUGUUGUGUUUUCAAAUUUCUCUUCCAAAAGAAGGUUGAUUAGAUUAAGAAAAAGCUGUUUUUUAGAAAAAAAAAACAGGAAGUUUACUCUUUUGCCCUCCUCUUCUACUCUACAUAAUAGGUAAUAGUUGCUUCGUGUGACCAUCUCCGUUGUACAAUUUGGUCAUGUGCCAUGUUUGCGAACAUGAAUCUUGUUGGUAAGUUAUAACCCUCCAAUAUAGUUGAUUCUUACAAUUUAUUAUGAUUUUGUAAUUAGAAAUCAUUUUAUUAUUCAAAUGGGUAAUGUAUAUUUUUUUCGA